AUGAAUGGUAGUUCAAAUAAUGAUAACGAAGUUAUAGUUCUAACGCAAGAUAUUACCUAUCCUCCAGUUACGCCAAGUAAACAACAACCGUUGUCGAAUAAUAAUUCACCAACACCUAGCUUCAAGUCUCCUAAACGGAACAACACAUUAUCUCCAUUACGGAAAAAACAACAACAACAACAACAACAAUCAAAAUCGGUAGCAUUGUCGUCAUCAUCGUCGUCUAGAGAGAAUAUAUCGAGAAGUAAUACAUCUUCAACUUCUGCACUAUCUCAAGGUCAUCAAGUUUCUGAAGAAGAGUUUAAAUCACUACAAAGAAGUUUUGCUGAUUCAUUGUUGAAUUUAAAUAAUCUUGAAAAUGAGAAUCAAAGAUUACAACAUGACUUGACUAUUAAAAAUACUCAAUUAGAGAAUCAACUUGAACGAAUUAAAUUUCUAGAGCAAAGCAUGAAAGAAGCAGAGAUGGAAACCCUACAGAAUCAAGAUAUUCUUAAUAAACAAGUUGAGAUGUAUAAGGAGAUGAUUGAUAAAUUACAAACGAAAAUAGUUGAAUUGAAUGAAGAGUUGGAAAAGAAACUGCCACUUGAAACUAUUGAUGCUCUGUUGUUUAAAAAAUAUGAAAAAUUGGUUCGUGAUUAUAAAAUACUCGAUAGUCAAUUUGAAGUAGAAAGAAAUUCCAAAUUGGUUUUGAUUGAUCAAAUUGAAUUUCUUCUGCGCAAAAAUGAAGAGUUGAUAAAGCAAAUUGGAGUUCCCAUUGAAGACAGUGAUAAUGAAAGUGAUGCUAAUGUUGAUUAUUUAGCUGAUCUUACUGAUAAUGUGACCCAUACAAUGAAUGAGUUGACUGAUGAUGAACAUGAGCAAGAACAAGAAGCAUCAGUUAUUUCUCCUGGACUAAAUAUUUAUCAUGGAAUUGCCUAUCAAUCUUCACCAAUCAAACUGUAUGAUGAUUCCAAUUCUUCUGUUAAAGUGUCACCCAACUUCCAAUUUCCUCCACUGCAUCUACCUUCACAAACAGAACAGCAACAACAACAAAACCCAACAUUUCCACCUUCACCUGAACCAGAUUGCAAAGAUAAAAAGAGACUGUCACUACCUACACGAUUGAAACAAAAACAGACAGGUGAAGUUGAAAAUGAAGGUAUUGAUUUUGUAUUAUCACCAUUCAAACUAACUCCUUCUCAGCCAUCAUAUCCAAAUGAUGAUCUGAGUGUAUUCCCUGAAACAAAUAACGGUAAAGCAAGUGUUAUCAAAAGGUAUUCGGCAACCAAACCAACACAUUCAAGAUAUAAUAGUCAUGAUCUUGUGCCCAUUAAAGUUGAAUUUGAAAAAUUGGAAUCGGGUGUUAGAAGUACUUCAGUACCAGAAAAAUCUUUGAAAGAACUGCUGACAUGUGAAACCAUAGACGAAAAUACUGGCCAUUUUGAAAGUAUUAGAAUGUCAAAGUAUAGGAAUGGUACAUUAUUUGCCUUGAAUGGAUAUGGUCAUGACACUAACAACAACAAUGAAGAGGAAGGUGAUAAUGAUUAUGAUGACAAACCAGCAAAUACAUCUAAAAACUUUUCUGAAAUGGAUAUUUCAUCGAAAAGAUCAAGCUAUUUAAACAGUGAUGAAAAGACUAAACAAGAGAUUAUGAAAUUGAAAUUUGAAUUGAGAUCACUAAAAUUACAUAAUGAGAAAUUAUUAUCAUUUAUCGGAUUUGAAUUACAAAAACAAAGAAAUAACUUGAAAAAAUUAUCAAAAAAGCAAUCAGCAAGGUUAUUGGCUAGUUCUUCUAAAAAUAUUGAAUAUUCCGAUGCUAAAUUAAUUGAGAAAUCUCGAGAUUUGUUAAUUAAUAAAAAACGAGUCUUACGUUCAGUAUCGAUUAAUACUGGAUUUAAAGAUAGGUUCCCAAUAAAGAAUAUUGGCAUUAUUGCUCCUAAUAGUGAGCCGGCAUAUGUCAAUCAUUAUGAUGAUAGUCAUAAUGAUUAUGAAGAUGAUUUUAUUAUUGAUGAUGAUAGUCACGAUUUUCUCGAUAUGAAUUCACUUUCACAUAAUGAUAAAAUGAUUAAAAAAUUUGCAUCUCAAGUGUUUAAUAACACUAAAGCUUUAUAUGAGUAUGAUCUGGAUAGUGAUUUUGAAAAUACAUCACAUUGGGUGCUUGAAGAAGGCGAAGAGGAAAACGAACAUGCUGACGAAGAAGAAAAUAAUUCCACCUCUAACACUAGUGGUAGUGGUAGCAGUAGUGAAGAAGAACAGAUGGGAGUUUUCAGUCAAAUCAAACAUAUGGUUAUUGGAGGUGAUAAGACGGUUAAUAAAUCCAAGAAAAAGAGAUCUAAAAGAGAUGAUCAACAUUUAGUGGAUGAUGGAUUAAAAUUUAAGUUCUUGACUAUUGCAUUAGGUAUAGUAAUUAUUGGAUUGAAAUUAACUCCUCACAAUAACCAAAAUAUUACCAGAUAA